AUGUUAAAACGAAAACUCUCGACCGAAGGGAGCGGCCCCCACGUCUCUAUCUUUGCGGAUGACCCCACGCUGCAGCGUCAUAGCAGUCGCAAGCGCCUCUUCCGAACUAAGAAAGACAGACAACGAACCUGGACACCAACCAAGGAACGCGAUAUGAGCCAACUCCUCGAGUAUAUACUAAAAUAUGAAGAGGCUUUCCAAAACCAGCACCGCCUCCCGUCGCUAUAUGCGGACUUUGGGCAGCAACUCGAAAUAAACCCCGAUGGAUACCAUGCGAACAUUGCAGUAUGGAUCAAAGCCCUCACCGACGCAUCGCGAGCCGGUGCUAUCCCUGCGCAGGGCAGCACCCACGAUCUCCUGAACAUCCGAGCCACAGACGAACUGGCGCUUGCUCUACAACAUCCCCAACAUGGCAAGCCUAGUUGCCUACCAGUGGUGUUCAACGAGGCAGUACAAAAGAAGGAGAUGAUACCCUUGAAAGAAUUUGCAAACUCCAAAGAGAGCAUAUAUAAGACUUCCUGGAUACCAUCGCCCUGGAAGGUACUGCAGUGGAGCCUGCGUCAAGUCGGCGUACUAGGACAACCUCAGCCCAACCAACUGGCUGCUGGGAACUUUGUGGUUGUCAAAAAUGUCGAGAUUGCUGCCGAUGAGGUCUUGAAGAGUAUGAAGGAGCUGACCUCGACCGCGGAUCGAGUGCUUUCGAAGGCAGAUUUCUUGAAGCGUUUCUCCAACGUACUUAACCCGGCUGUGCCGUUGACGACAAAUGAUCUCGACAUCCUGCUUGUAUUUCUUGCACGCGACAAACAGGCGAUUUCCUACAACAACCAGACUAUCAAGUUCAAGCCUGAGCAUGAGGCUAUCCCGCUUCCCGUGACUACAGAUGACACUGCUAUUGCCAAUCUUCGGGACACCUUGGCGAACAUCAACACACAACUUCUACCUCUUAUGGAGAAGGUCGCUGCCGCUGAAGCAGCAGCCCGCGAAGCAGUGGCUAACAAACAGAUGGUUCGUGCCAAAGCCGCCCUCCGCUCUAAAAAGCUCGCCGAGGGUGCCCUCGCACACCGUACAGAGAUUGCCCAUCAACUUGAGAGCGUCUACAAUGAUCUCCAUCACGCAGCAGAUCAAGUGGAGAUUGUGGAGGCUAUGCGCGCUGGUGCUGCUGCACUAAAAGGCCUGAACGAGAAGGUUGGCGGUGCAGAAGGUGUCCAGGGUGUUGUCGAUGCUGUCAACGAGCAGAUGGCGCUCACAGAGGAGAUCAGCGGCAUCAUCAAUGAGAAUAACCAGCCAAUCGACGAGAUGGAGAUUGAGGAUGAGCUCGAGGCCCUUGAGAAGGCUGAGAUGGAGAAUGAGAACCAGCUCAUCGCGGAGAGGACUCAUGCGCGCAUCUCAGAAACAUAUGAGCUAGAGCAGCAACUCGCACAGAAGGUGGCUCAAGAGCAGCGACGCGCAGAAGAGGAGGCACGAGAGAAGGAACGCAUAGAGAAGGAGAUGGAGCAGCGACAUCGGAAGUUCAUGGUCGAGCGAGCACGAAUUCGAGCCGAGCGUGCUGAAGGAGAACAAGCGAUGGACGAGACGUCGGCUGACCUGUCCAAGCUGUCGUUCGCACAGGAGAAUGAAGACGACAUGGGAGAUGAACAGGAGGAGAAGCGCGUCUUUGAUGACUCUCCAUUCGCUGAACAUAUCUUUCUUGGAGGUCGCAUUGGUGUGCUACUGUCUGACAUUGUUGCAAGAUUCAGCAACGAGCUUCGCACAUCUCGGUAUUGCAGAUGCCACUCCGCCAAGCCCUCGCCAUCCCAGCAACCUCACCACCAGACCCUCCACCGCUCUCAGCACCUACACCCCACGAUAAUCUCUUCCUACGGGAACCUUCUGCUGCACCUCGGAAAGUAUCCUGCAUUAUCCGGCACAUCUCGCGUACCAAUGCAGUCCUUCCGCAGUGCCACCCGCGCCGCGCGCACCCUCGGAACCAUCCGCACACCCGCCAGCACCCUCCGCACCCCCGUCCGCGCCUUCUCACAGUCCCAAAUCGUAAAGGGAGGACACGAGACUCAGUAUGAUGCGCCAGGUGGAUGGCUGUUUGGCGUCAAGCCCGGCGAGCAGUAUGAGAAGGAGGGGUGGGAGGGCUUGAUGUACUGGGGUUUUGGCGGUUGUAUUGCAUUUGCGGUUGUUGCUUAUGCUUUCAAGCCUGACACUAGCAUCCAAACCUGGGCCCUAGAAGAAGCACGACGAAGACUCGAAGCAGAAGGCAUCCUUGUCGACCCGGAUACCGUCAAGAAGGAGUAG